CGGACUGAGCACCUGUCACCUCAGGGUGGCCGCCAGCGCCCUCCUUGUCCCCGCUGGCAUGCUGUCUGACCCCGCACCCGCCUCGCUCCGUCUAUUUAUAGCGCUUGCCGCGCCGGCCCUUUUCGGGUAGUGUGGCCAGUCAGGCCCGCCCGGCCGCGCCCUCGCGACCCCGUGGCGUGUCCAGGCAGGGCGCCAUCGCGGCGGAGCGAGCGGGGCCGGGCAGCAGCAAGAAUGUUUCAUGGAAUCUCUGUUGAUUUGUGAGGAAUCAGAAAUGCAAAUAGCCCCUCAGGAAUCAAGUUAAACUCAGAGAAACCUUACUCAGAAAUUUCAAGGAGUGCAUCAUGGAAUGCAAGACUGAGGGAAAAGGGAAAUACCAGCAUAGCUUGAAUUUACUAGAUAAAAUUAAGAAUAUGAAAGAAUUAGAAGAAAUGAUUGAUGUAGUGCUCAUAGCAGAAGAGGAGAAGUUUCCUUGCCACAGACUGGUCCUUGCUGCAUUUAGUCCUUAUUUCAAGGCUAUGUUCACCUGUGGACUACUCGAGUGCACUCAGAGGGAGGUCGUACUCUAUGACAUCACAGCAGAAAGUGUGUCAGUGAUACUAAACUACAUGUACAAUGCAGUUCUGGAGAUCAAUAAUGCCAACGUACAGACUGUAGCAAUGGCCGCCUAUUUUAUGCAGAUGGAAGAAGUCUUUGGUGUGUGCCAGAAAUAUAUGAUGGACCACAUGGAUGCCUCCAACUGCAUAGGAAUCUAUUAUUUUGCGAAACAAAUUGGAGCAGAAGAUUUAUCUGAUCAGUCGAAGAAGUAUUUAUAUCAGCACUUUGCUGAGGUAAGCCUACAUGGAGAAAUACUAGACAUCGAAGCUCACCAGCUUCUGGCACUUAUUAAGUCUGAUGAUCUGAAUAUUUCCAGAGAAGAGAGCAUUCUGGACUUGGUUCUCAGAUGGGUAAAUCAUAAUCAAGCACUGCGCACAGGGCAUCUCGUUGAGCUUUUGAAGCAAGUCAGACUGGAACUUAUAAAUGCUUCCUUUCUAAGGCAGGCUCUGAGAAGGAACACGAUGCUCCUUUGUGAUGGCAGUUGCAUUGACAUAAUCCAGAAUGCAUUCAAAGCCAUCAAAACGCCCCAGCAGCACUCCUCUAAUCUUCGCUAUGGCAUGGAGACCACCAGCCUUCUGCUUUGCAUUGGGAACAAUUCUUCUGGAAUCAGAUCACGGCAUAGGAGCUAUGGGGAUGCCAGUUUUUGUUAUGACCCUGUGUCACGGAAGACCUAUUUUAUCUCAUCACCCAAGUAUGGGGAGGGUUUGGGAACAGUAUGCACUGGGGUAGUCAUGGAGAACAAUACUAUAAUUGUGGCUGGAGAAGCAACUGCCACUAGGCUUUCAAGACAAAAGAGCAAGAAUAUUGAGAUCUAUAGGUAUCAUGAUAGAGGAAACCAGUUUUGGGAAAAGUUAUGCACAGCUGAAUUUCGAGAGCUCUAUGCUCUGGGCAGCAUCCAUAAUGACCUCUAUGUCAUAGGAGGACAGAUGAAAAUUAAAAACCAGUACCUCAUUACAAACUGUGUUGAUAAGUACUCCAUAGAUCAAGACAACUGGAAACGAGUGUCUCCCCUCCCACUGCAGCUGGCUUGUCAUGCUGUGGUAACAGUGAAUAAUAAACUGUAUGUCAUCGGCGGCUGGACCCCUCAGAUGGAUCUUCCUGAUGAAGAGCCUGAUCGAUUAAGCAACAAACUGUUGCAGUAUGACCCCAGCCAAGAUCAAUGGCGAGAGCGGGCACCCAUGCAGUACUCUAAGUACCGAUUCAGUGCAGCCGUCGUCAACAGUGAGAUCUAUGUUCUGGGUGGAAUUGGCUGUGUGGGCCGAGACAGGGGACAAGUUCGGAAAUGCCUUGAUGUGGUUGAGAUCUACAACCCUGAUGGAGACUUCUGGCGGGAAGGCCCGCUUAUGCCGACUCCCCUCCUCUCACUGCGAACCAAUUCCACCAACGCGGGCGCCGUGGAUGGAAAGCUCUAUGUCUGCGGGGGAUUUCACGGAGCAGAUCGCCACGAGGUUAUCUCCAAAGAGAUUCUGGAGCUGGACCCCUGGGAGAACCAGUGGAAUGUCGUUGCCAUCAAUGUCCUUAUGCAUGACAGCUAUGACGUCUGCCUGGUAGCUAGAAUGAACCCCCGGGACCUCAUCCCACCACCUUCAGAUCUGGUUGAGGAAGGUGGUGACCACAGAGGGCAAAGAUGAGGGACUUGAAGCUGGUGAAGCUAUGGCUAGAGGAGCCAUGGCCUGGCAGCCAGGCCUCAAUGCAAAACCCAGAACACUGUAUGGCACUGACAUUCUCGUUGCAUGCUUAGCAGCCUCUGUGUAAAACAGUACCAAGCGGUGGCAGGGAUGAGGGGUACAGGAUCUUCCCUCAGGGGCAUCCCAGCCUGGUAAAGUAGAUAUGGCAGUGCAGGGCAGACAGUGAGGAUUCACGAAGGUAGGACAAAAUGCAGGGGGGUGGGGCAGUGUUCUGCUCUGCUGAGGACUAAAGAACAUUGCCCAGCAGUCCCAUGGGUGCUUUUGAUGGUGAGGUUACCAGAAAAGACAAGUAAAAGUCCUAAAAUAGGAAAACUAAUGCAUGUUUAUGGCAUCUAGUCCAGCCUGGCUGCACUGCUUGCAUACUGGAUUUGCCACUGAGAGACGGGUUAUAACUAGGUGGCCAAAGCCUGAAAAGGGGAGGAGCAUGAGCCUGGCCUGGUAGAGGAGCCAUCUCUCUUGGAGCUUUGACUUCUCUCAGUCUGUCUGUUAGAACUGCCCUGACCUACAACAGCAGUACCCAUUGUGGGCCUGGCUGUGGCCAAAUGUUCAUACCUGGAACCCAGAUGUUGCCAUGGGCCACAGUGAACAGAGCAUUCCUGGACACAGAGAGGCCCCUCGGGCUGUGUAGACUGAACUGGGGGGGGGGGGGGAAGGGGUUCUACCCAGCUCUCAGUUGUACAGAACCUUCCUCAGAUUCGACUGAACGUGGG